CACACGUCUCCCUUCUUCGCGCGUACGCCGCUUUGGUUUCAUCUUCCUCGCUGCUCUUUCCCGAUUCAAAACUCCACCCCCUUUCUUCCCUCCCCUCCUCUCCCCAACCCCCCCAAACCCUAUCAUGUCCUCCUCUACCGACGCCAUGGCGUCGCCAUGCUCCCAUGAUCAAUUCGACGAACCAGACCGUGGCACGGUGCUGAACUACAUUUUCCAGGCGGCCUCCGACGAUGAGCUCUCCAUCUUCAAGGAGCUGGUCACGAUAAUACUGGACAAUGGCAGGGGCCGCCCCAAGGAAGCGAUUGAGGAAUUGAGGGUGGAAGAUGUCGGGCAGCUUGAAGGUUUCAGUGCGCUGCACAUCGCGGCCAGUAAAGGGAGUCUGGAGGUGUGCAGGUACCUCGUCGAGGAGCUGCUGGUAGAUGUGGAUCUGGUCGACAAGGAAGGUCCAUCUAUCUUCAGAACCCCAAUCUAUUGGUUUAGGACCCUGCGCACACAUUCAGUGUAGGUUUUGUCAAAUUGUAUGAAGUGCUAUUUUACAUGCUGGAUUUAUUGUUCACAAGGGUUGCUGAUCUGUGAGUCUCAUGAUAUCUGACUGUUUUUCUUGCUUUCUCUGGGUUUGGCAUAGAGGUGCAUUAUGAUAAUCCAGCUUUUCGAACCAGCUUUUGCCGUGGCUCCAAGCUCAGCACAACACAGUCCAGCAACCAUAAACAGAGCCUAAGAUUAUCUACAUCAGUAUGAACCAAUGUAUCAUAAGCAGCAAUAUUUAUCUCACAAAAUAAAAUUAUGAUUUAUCAUAUUCUGUUGUGCUAACUCAUGAUCAUGCAGCUUCAUAUGAAAUAAAUCUGUCUUUUUAAGGGAAGAAAUAAGCCGGGCUUAAUUAUGAUACUGAAUGUGAAUACCCUACAUAGGCACCGCUCAUAUAAAUAAUUAAAUAGGCUACUCUUUGAGGGCAAAUCUUUAUUUUAGGGUAAUUUGGUUGUUUAAUUAUUGCACAUAUGUAUGCACUCCAGCUCUGAGGAUGCAUUUGAUUCUUCUAUUCGGGUAGUCUAAUGUCCAAUUUUCAUGUGUCAGUUCCAUUUAAUCAAUACUCUCUCGAGCAUUAUGAAAAUCCUGCUUCAUAUUGUAUCUAAUUCGAUGGGUCUACUUUGUGUGUCUUGGGGAGCCAUAUCUAAAUUCCAUGCUCUCAGAGAAGACAGAGCAGUGUUAGGAAACUUCUGUGGUAGAACACCUCUGUUGUUUGCAACAUACCACAAUGGGGGUACUGCCGAAUAUCUUCUUGAUCAUGGCGCUAAUCAAGACAAAGCUGAUCACGAUGGGUCUACCCUGUUACAUUAUGCCGCUGAAUUAGGCAAUUGUGAAAUGGUAGAGCUUUUGCUUGCAAAAGGAGCUUAUGUUGAGCCGGUAUCUGCUUGUGGAACACCACUUCAUGUUGCUGCUGGUAAAGGGCAUUAUGGUGCUAUGAAGAUUUUACUGGACCACAAUGCAGAUUACAACAAGAUGGUAAAUGGCGUGACACCUCUUAUUGUUGCUACAGAUGCCAAGUCAAUGAAAUGUAUCAAGCUCCUAGUUAAGGCUGGUGCCAAUCUCAAGGAAGCUGCAGCAUAUACAACUCUCCACGCGGAAAAAGUGGUUUCAGAUUACUUUCUCAAUUGCAUAAUGGAGGACGUUGAUGCCAACCGUGAUGUUCCUUUUGAUCAGGGGCCUAUGCUUAAACGGGAAAUCGUGACAUCAGGGCUUAUAUCACGAGGGAGCAACUCUUUAAAGAACAAGGAUUAUGUUGUCGCAGCAAAAUUGUACAGUAAGGCAAUGGUGCUUGAUCCUGAUGAUGCAGUCUUGUUCUCAGACAGGAGCCUUUGUUGGCUUCAACUGGGUGAUGGAAAAAAGGCUUUGCUAGAUGCUAAUAGAUGCAGAAAAAUGCGGCCUCACUGGCCAAAAGCUUGUCACCGGCAGGGUGAAGCUCUGAUGCUACUGAAGGACUAUGAGGGCGCAAGUGAACGGUUCUGGGAUGGACUCAAGUUGGACCCAGUGGACACUGAUAUCGAGGAUGCAUUACGGAUUUCGGAAUGCCACUUUGUACUGUCAUCGAUGCCAAUGCCAUCUUGCCAUAUACCAACCUAACCUGACGGAAGCUAUGAAGUCCUUGAAGACGUCUCGGUCUCGGAGCAUGAGAGCCAAUUGACUAUUUGGGUGUUGCAGGGAAUUCAGUUGAAGACUUGAAAUGGGUCAGCAGGAGUUUCUACGUUUGCGCAAAGACUGUUUUCCGUUAGAAAGUAAAAGCGACAUGUCUGACGGACCGUGGCAUGACUGUUGAUGCAUGCAGUAGCAAUACCCGGUGGAAACUCUCCAGUUGCCAUCCAUCGUGUAUCAGGCUCUUCUGUCAGGUUUUUGGGUCUUCGACGAAGCUCACUCGUCUGCGGCGUCAACCGAAUGAUCGCAGCCUCCGCAUUCGUCUUGUUGUGGUGUUGCUGAAUUCCCCCACUGCCUAGUGUUUUUACUACUCACGUUGGUACAAUGCAGUCACAAUGGAGAAGAGGGUGAUUAUUUUGUUGGUUUUGUUCGUCCUGUGGGUGCAGAAGAAGAGGUGAGCUAGCAGGAGCUUGCUGGCUACGGUUUGGCGGCUGCUAUCUGUCUUGUUUUUCUGAACUCGGUCGGUUGCUGUGCGAGGUGGUUCGGACCAUGUAAUGAUGAUUUCAGAAAUCAGGGAGUAAAUGGCAAAAACUACCGCUUUUUUUUUUAA